CUUUUGUCCAUCGUGUAUAGUUUUCGCUGUUUGUUUGCGCGUUUCGUGUUUUAAUCAUCUUUAUAAAAGUAAACAAGGUCGCAGCAGAUUUUUGAAAAAAAAUUUCCUGGUACUGCAAAACUAAUUUGGUUAAAAACAGAUUACUUCUGUCGCAAUAGUAACCAAAAUAUGGAUUGUAAAUCGGAAUCUGACGAUUUCUUUGUAUGCCGUCUAUGCCUACGUUCCGAGGUGGAUGAAUUAGUUUCCCUUUAUUGCACGAGUUAUGCUCAACAACAACUUGUUGUGGACAUGAUUGAAGAUACCCUUAGAUUAGGAGCAUCUGAUAAACCGCACGCCGACGAUGGAAUGCCUCAGUUUGUUUGUGGAGAGUGCGUUGAAAAGUUGAAUGUGGCUUGUAGCUUUCGUAAAAAAUGCAUCCGUGUAAACAGCCUCCUCAGACAAGCUAUUUUUCAAGAAAAAACAAUCAAUGACGUUGAAGUUUGUUGUCGGCUUUGCAACGAAACCGAGGCAGAUGAGUUGAUUUCUGUUUUUUGUAUCUACGCCGAAAAGUACCAAUUGAUUGCUGACAUAAUAGUAGAAACUAUUGGAAUUGCUCGUCCAGCUCACACUGAUAAACUUCCACAGAACAUCUGUACCAAGUGUUUCGAGCAAUUAUCAACAAUCUCCGUCUUUAGAGAAUUGAUGAUCAGCUCAGAUGCACAAUCGAAGAAUGUUUUGCCAAAUUUCGUAAAAACCGAACCCAUUGAUUCGACUGGGUAUGUUGAUAAUCCAUUGAAUCUAGAUACGGGUGAUUUGGUAGCUGUCAAACAACGGAAAAAGACAGCCCUCGGUAAAUCUCAACAACAACAUGAAACGCAAGAUCCAUUCAUUUACUUGGACGCGCCGGAACUAGGAUCGGAUAGUUUGCGAGCCUUGUUUGUCACAAUAGAGGAUGAAGAAUAUUUUGAGCAGUUGCGUUUCAAUGGUGUCGUAUGCUGCUGUGGUUGGUUAGUGGAGAAUGAGGAAGAGUUGAAAAAACAUAUGAAAGUUAGCCAUAUGGAGAAAACAAAAGUGCGGAGUCAUGUCAAGUGCAAUUAUUGCAAAAUGCGUUUUAAUUAUUCCACUGAAUUGAAUGAACAUCAAGAGAAUCGGAAUAAAAAACAUUAUUUCCGGUGCAAGAUUUGCAAUAUUCUGACAAAAGAAAGGCUAGCUCUUGAAUUGCAUUUCGAGUUUACUCGUUUCCAUCCAAUCCUUGAUUCUUCAGAAGGGGAAAGGCUAGAUUUUGAGGAUAAUGUGGAAACAAUCCAUACCGUAGAUAACCGAUGUUGUGGCUGUUCCAAUACUUUCCCGGACGGCGAAUCUCUUUUCGAGCACAUCAGAGAAAUUCAUCAGGGUGAUCUGGAAGAGUAUCCCCAAUUCUUUUGUGUGAUGUGUCACAAUAGUUUUUCGGAUAAGCAGUUGUUGAUGAAACAUCAACUGGCGUACAUUGGGACAAGAACAUACGUUUGUCGAGAAACGGAUUGUAAAUACAGUACGGAUCAGCGUCCGUUGAUGAAGAAGCACAUUGAGGUUGGAGUACAUCAAGCACCGGAUGGUUUGCGAAGAAUUCAGAAUGAAUUAGAGAUAACGGAAUACUUUUGCUGUUUCCGUGGUUGUUGCGAGAUUAAAUCUACAAUGUCAGAACUGAAAGAACAUUGCCAAACUGUUCAUGGCGAGCAACAACUUGCGAAUAGCCUUUUUACUGAUGAACCAGAGAAAGUUUGCCCCCUUUGCAAACGUCACUUUCCGAAAGAGGAUUCCUUUGAUGCACACAUUAAAUCGCAUACGCAAUCGCGGAACAAUGCGUGCAGCUUAUGUAGUUCUAAAUUCGCUACUCGUCAAAAGUUAAGGCAACACGAAAAACGUGUUCAUUCAACAGAUGCUAGGGUAAUUCACGAGUUUCCCUGUCCACAGUGUGAGUCCAUCUAUGCCAGUAAGUUUACUUUGACGAAGCAUAUAGCGCGUGUUCACGAACAGCAAUCAUUCUCCGAAAUAUGCGAAAUUUGCGGAAAAGGUUAUCACAGCAAAUCAGCCAAGAAACAGCACAUGAUCAAUGCGCACGUAGAAGACAAGCCUUACAAAUGUCACCUGUGCAAGCUCAGUUUCGGUUCCCGACCGCAGCUACAAAAACACCUCAUCAUCCACACCGACGAUCGACCUUUUGCGUGCUCCUAUUGUUCAAAUACGUACCGUACUCCAGUAGACUGCAAAAGGCACGAACGUGCCAUUCAUCUGAACGAUAAACCGUUCAUUUGUGAAAUAUGCGCCGCCCGUUUCAUCCGGAACCGAGACCUGCAACUGCACAUGACAGUACAUACUGGCAAUAAACUGCAUUGCUGCAACUUCGACGGUUGCAACUUUUCCACAAACAUAGCCAAGAAGUUGAGAGAUCAUUAUCAGGAUGAUCACUAUUAAAAUUAGUCGAUAGAUAGAUAGCUUUAGU